AUGCCCACCUUCCAUGUGGAAGCUGUGAUUUCCUUGACUCCUUCACUUGUGAAAGUGGGGGAAAUCAGGAAAAAGGACCAGAAUGAGAAGAACACAAACAACCCCAGAUCUGGAGAAGAGAUCCAUACUUAUUGCAGAAACAAUCAGUCCGGUGCCAGCCCGAGGGAGAGCUGGCAAAGAGGCAAAGUUUAUCUUCUCCUUCCAGUGUUGGGAGUCUGUUAUGGACUCUCAUAUGCUAGCCCCCCUCCCCCUGUGUCCCGGGCACUCAACGAAUUUAGCUAUUUCCUGGGCUUCCCUCCUUCCUAUCUGCAUGGUACUUUCACUGCUUCCCCUCACUACACAUCUGCCAUGACUUUUACUGACCAUCAAAACUAUCCUGUCCUGUUUCCAUUUUUUCAGAAUCUACUGUUCUCUGCUAAGAAGAUACUUCCGUCAGAUUCUUUCAAAUAUCUGACUUGGAGCAAGCUAGAGCAACAUGACGUUCAGGGAGACCAACUCCGCUGUCCAAGAGUGAGAGAAGGGCCUUCUGAAGAAGACCUGCUUUUUAGAUGUGAGGAAUAUCUUUCCUCUCCAAAGAAAAAGAUACUUGAAAAAGACAAAUGGGAGAAAUGGCAACAAGAAAACUGGGAGGAAUGUACGGAUUUGGGAGACCCUUAUCAAGCAGACAAUUUGAACAGGAUCCUCCGAAGACUGAUUCGAGUGCAAACCCUUUGGCUGGUGGACAAUUCCUUGACAGAUCUAAGUGCCAUAAGACUUCCUAGGUACUUAUGCCGUUUUCAAUGA